GGAUGCACAGCAACACCUUUUUUUGUUAAGGAGAGGACCCACAAGAGGAGGAACGCCAAGACAAGGUUUUCGAUCUGUAAAAGUAAACCUCAUAGCAUUUGUUUUGUCUUUCUAAACCUAAAACAAUGGCAAAUAGUGGAGUCCAGCUUCUUGGCUUCACACUGGCCUUCCUCGGCUUCAUUGGAGCAAUAGCAUCCACGAUUAUGGUGGAGUGGAAAGCUUCGUCGUAUGCGGGGGACAACAUCAUCACAGCUCAAGCGAUGUAUGAGGGUCUUUGGAAAACCUGUGCAUCGCAGAGCACCGGGCAGAUUCAGUGUAAAGUCUAUGAUUCCCUCCUUCAGCUACCAGGGAUUGUCCAGGGAACUCGGGGACUCAUGUUGUCCUCCGUCAUGCUCUCUUUCAUUGCCAUAAUGGUGACGACGGUGGGAAUGAAGUGCACCACCUGUAUGGCAGAACAACCCGAGCAGAAGGACAAGGUGGCUCUGGCUGGAGGGGUUAUUUUCAUUAUAGCUGGUCUGAUCGCUCUGGCUGGAACAUCCUGGUAUGGUCACAGAAUAGCCCAGGACUUCUACGAUCCAUUCACCCCCACUAAUUCCAGGUAUGAAUUCGGGGCGGCCUUGUAUGUCGGAUGGGCAGCAGCCAGUCUGUCCCUUAUAGGUGGGGGCUUCCUUUGCUGCCACUGUCCAGGGAACAGCAGCUCCGCGAAAGCCCCCCACUACCCACCAUCCAACUCUGGACGAGGCAGGGACUACGUGUAGGACGACAGGCUCCAUGCAGCUUCUACUCAGAGCUGAACAUACAAGCAGGAACCCACAGGAGUAUAAAGUUCUAUGUUAAUCAUCGCCUGCAUGGCUUCUUUUUCUUUUCUUUUUGUGUUUAAAGAUGAUCACAAUCCAAAACUAUUGCUUCAAUUUUGACUUUGCACCUACUCCCUUACUGUAAUCUGUUUAUAACUGAUGCAAAUGUAAACAACGUCAACGGGGAAAUGUAUUUCUUUAACCUGAAUUGUUUGACUUUUUUAUGAAAUAUGAAAUAAAAUCUGAAUAAAUUUUC